CAGGCAAGGUCGGGUUUCCCCUCGCUGGAAUCUCUCUCCGCGUCUCCUUAUUACCAGGUAAUAGCCUUUUCUCCAACGCCGCCACUCUUUCGCCUCUUUCUCUCCAAUCUCUUCGUCCCCAGACGAAUAUUUCUCAACGAUAAUCGUGUCGUUCCGACUAGAGCUCCUAAAUCAUCCACGGUCUUAUCGAUACUCCGCGCCUCUACCUGUCCGGUUUAUCGAUCCGAUAGACGAGCUGCUACGCUCUACUCGGUUUACGCGUAAUCUUAUUGCUCGUCCGCGAAUUAUCCUGCGUGCCGCAAUCGCGGUGUAUCAUCGGAUAAUAGGCAAUCGAUAACGCCCCUAUUCCAACGUGUUAUUUUCUCAACCGACGAAUCUCGGAUACCGCCUUCGAAACCUCCGUCAAUCUUGCCUAUCAAUAUUUCAAGCAUCCGCCAUCCACGCGAAGGCAGUCCGAUGUCGCGACGCCGAAAUAGCGCGCAGUUUCUUCUUCUUCCUCCUCCUUCGACGACGACGACGACGACGACGACGACGACGACAACGACAACGACAUGCUUCUUCUUCGCGGUGUCCUCGCUCUUCUCUUGGCCACGAUUCUCGCGGAUACGCCAACAGCGUCGGCGUUGGAUACGUCGGUGGUCGAGUUGCUCGAGCACGCGAUCGGCAUGCUCUUUCCACCGGUCAGGCUAUCGGUGCAUCUCUGUCGCUUGGAUCGGGAGCACGCGGUCCGACUUUCCACCGCGAUGUCGAGGAAAGGUCUGGCUCACGAGAUUCACCACCGACUCGAGCAAUUCCAAGGACGGACACACGACACCUGGGAGCAUCGGGUAUUGUACGUGUUGGAUCUGGAUUGCGAUUACGCGAUUCCGCUUUUACGAACGGUGCGUCGUCGUCACGAGCUCGUCGUUAUACAAUGGGCAUAGCAACGAAUUCGAUCGCGCGUGGUUCGCAGGCGAACGCGUCCGGCAUGUUCGCGGCACCGAUCAGGUGGCUUCUGU